CGGUGAUCUGAUUCGCCACGACGCAAGACAGAGCGCGAUGAAGGACGUAUAGCCAAGGCAGACAACCGAAGCGAGGACGAAGGAGCUGAUGCGGGGGAGCCAUCCUCUGAUGACGAAGGGUGUAUAAAAGAUCACCGUCUGUGAGCUGUUGGGUAUAGAUAGACAGACAGUUCUUUGCGAUCUCUAGCUCUGGAAACCCAAAGCUGAUAUAUUCUCCUCCGCACCAAACAUGGCGACAGAAACAUCCAAACCCACCACCUCCGAGCCCGUGGAGAUGGAAACCUACAAAGGCUCCUGCCACUGCGCCUCCCACACCUACACCAUACUCCACCCCGCGCUCACCCACCCCUCCACCCGCGUCCUCUCCUGCAACUGCAGUAUCUGCAUACGCAGCGGCGCGCUAUUCAUCUACCCGCCCAACUCGGCGGUGCAAUUUACCACGGGGAAAUUGGAGGAUUUGAAAGCCUACACCUUCACCCCAAAGCGCAUCGCGCACUACUUCUGCGACACAUGCGGGACAUACUGUAUGGCGCGCAGUGUGGACCCGACGUACCACGCGGGGACGACGUGUGUGAAUGUGCGGACGCUGGGGGGUGUUGAGAUCCCGGGGUUGUGUGUGAAAGAGAUGGAUGGUGCGAAUUGUGAUGUGGAUGCGGAGGUGGAGAAGUAUUUGGGGAAGGGGAGGUAGGAAUGGGGGAUGGAGUGUUGGAAAGUAUGAUUUUGUGGUUGCUUGGAUAUACAUAUAUACCCUCCACUUACUCACUGACUGACUGAAGAUGUUGGUUGGUUUGUCGUUGUGACUAUCUGGAUCUAUCAAGACACAUAUAUCGCUCGUGUACCCUACUCCAACUUCAAGCUAUGGAACUGCUCG